GUCUCCAUCAUGCCUCUUCUCUACUUCUUAGAAAGCACUGCAUCAGUCUUAGCUCAGUUUGCAUCUGCUGGAGUCAAUCCAGCAUGCUCCACAACAGCAUGACUUCCUCAAUCAGGAGGAUACACAAACCUUUCCAUAGGAAAAGGUACCACAGCACCUGCCAUGUAGUUGUCUUCUACUUCUUGGAUCAAAUUCUAGUGAAUUUAAGCACUGGUUUGCUCAGCCAGCUGCGCCAUCAAAAUCUUGUGCGUCUCUUCAGCUUUUGUAAAGAGAAAGAUGAGAGGAUGCUUGUGUAUGAAUAUCUGAACCAUGGAGCACUGCGUGAUCAUCUUCAUAAGGGAGGUGAUCCACUUCCAUGGAAGCAGAGGCUAGAAAUAUGCAUUGAAGCAGCACUCAUGUUGCAGCGCUCACGUCUUUCCAUUUGCUGCUACUUUGGCAGCUUGAACACCACAACUCCAACACUCCUCCUCGGUGUUAAAGCUCCAUGUACCAUCCUUCUCAAACAACCUCAGCUCCUCUUUCAUUGCAGCUUUCCUUCUUUGGAUUUUGCUACCUCAAACAAAUUUUGGAGCUUCCUUGGGCUAAAGAUUUGGCUACUCGGUCAUGAAAAUGACUUGAUGCAAUGGUGCAAAGUAUAUCUAAUCCACCGUAAUGUGAAGAGCUCCAAUAUUAUUCUGGACAAGAACUGGGUAGCUAAGCUUGCUAAUUUCCGAGUAUCCAAGAUGGUUCCUCCUAGCACGUCAAAGCCAAAGGUUUUGACAAAGACGAACUCAAGGGUUGCAGGGAAGAUAGCACCAGUGUGUUUGAUAGAAUUCCUGGAGAUUGCAUUCAGUUGCAUUCAUCCAAAGGCCAGUGAACGGCCAACAAUGGGAGAAGUAGAGGUGACAUUAGUGUUAGAGUUGUGGUGUCAAAGCUACAGCAGUGGGAGCAAAUUGAAAGAUAAGAGAGUAUGUGAAGCUGUGAAGUUGAAGGUUAACUUAAUGUCCUUCAAUCUUCUUGAGGCAGAAGAUUUGCAAGAAGCAAGAUCAAAAAAUGUUGGUUUGAUGAUGUUUUAUGUUGCUGGUGUGGGUGGUGUUUUAUGCUACAGCAUUAGUCCAAAAAGGCAAGGAUGGCUUGUGAAGGUGCAGAUUGGGACCAUGAUAGUACUCAACAUUGCAUCAAGUCAUUUUCAUGAUCGAGUAGCCAAGUCUUUAGCCCAAGAAAGCUGUACAAGAUGUAGAAGAUGAUGAAGCAGCACUUUGAGGUACCAAAAUCCUUGUUUUAUUUACACAAAAAAUGCAACUUAGUUACAAAACCUCCAAAAUGUGUUUGAGGCAACAAAAUCCAAAGAAGGAAAGCUGUAAUGAAGGAGGAAAUGAGGUUGUGUGAGAAGGAUGGUACUUGACUCUGGAGAAAAAUGUGAAAAGCAAGCACAAGAUGGGCAACAAAGGGUUGAUCCCAGGUGCUUAGGUAUAAAUCUAUUUUUGUUUU